AUGGCAACAUCGCAAGAAGCCAUCGAUGCUUUCAAUGCAGCUGGUGGAGCUCCUCAAGAUCCACAAGAUGAUGCUAUUUCAAAUCCGAUCGAAGUCGAUGAUAACGACGCACUUGAGAACGACUCUGCAUUUGGCGGACCUGCAGCUAGCAAUACGAGUAAGACGUCGUUGACAUCGGGAAUUACACGAUACAGAGAUGGAAAAUAUUUAAUGCCGAACGACGACGACGAACAAGAUCGAAUGGACCUACUCCAUCACGUUUUCAACCUCGUCUUAGAUGGCAAGUUAUACUUAGCCCCGGUUGAGAAUCCUCAAAGAGUACUCGAUGUUGGAACCGGUACUGGGAUUUGGGCAAUUGAUUUCGCCGAUCGAUAUCCUUCGUCCCAUGUUGUGGGCUGUGAUUUGUCUCCGAUUCAGCCUGGCUGGAUUCCACCGAAUCUUGAAUUCGAAAUUGAUGAUGUAGAAGAUACAUGGCGUUAUAGCCAGAAAUUUGACUUCAUACAUAUUCGCUCUCUGGGUGGCUCCAUUGCUUCUUGGCCUCACCUUCUUGAACAAGCUUUUGACAACCUAAAUGAAGGGGGUUAUAUCGAGCUUGUAGACUUUGAAUACCAUGGAUACUCAGAUGAUGGGACAGGCGAACUAGCUCCAUCCUUUCAGAAAUGGCAAGCUGGCCUUGAUGAAGCAUCUAAACUAUUCGGUCGAGACUUAAAUGUUGCGAUGAAAUUUAAAGAUUGGUUAAAUGAAGCGGGGUUCGAGGCGGUUGUGGAAAAACAUUGGAGGCUCCCCAUGGCACCUUGGGCCCGCGACCGCCGCAACAAAGAAAUCGGUCUAUACAUGCAACAGAACAUGUUAGAGGCAACCGUGGCAUAUGGAAUGGCGCACUUCACACGGAUAUUGGGAUGGUCGCCUGAAGAAUACCAAGUCCUCGCCGCCGGCGUCCGAAAUGAAUUCAAAGAUAGCAGAGUACAUAAUUGGUGUAAUAUGUAUAUAGUAUGGGGUCAGAAACUGAUGGGCAGUGGAGAGGAAAGGAAUGCUCCUGCUCUGGGGGCGCCGGUACUUUCUGGGGCUGGGGCUGGAGCUGGAACGGCUUCUCCUGCUGAAAAAACGGGUGGGAAGGAUCAGGGUCGUGCUAGUGGGGUCGUCGGUGAAAAGAGCGAUGUAGCGGUGGCUACUAAGAAGGCCGGGGAAAAAGUAAGGGGGGUACUGGAGUUGGUUGGAGAGACCACGGGGCAGAGUAGGAAGUGA